ACUCUUCAACCAAGUCACUGUCCAUCUCGUGCUGCUAAACCCCGCUCGCACGAACAAUGUGCGCCCUAGGCUGUCUGCGGCCAAGCAGCGAGGCAGUGCAAGCCAAUGGGCGCACGCGCCGACCCACCAACUGAGCGUCACCAGUCGUGCCAGCCUCCCUGGUCUUGUUCACAAUCUUGACCUCACCCAAGCCAUCUCACCGCCGACUUUCCGACGAGCCACCCUGCGACUGCGCCUACCCACCUGCAUGUGCGCGCUACAAUGCGCAGUCUUCCGCUCGCCAUCGUGUCGUCGUUCCUCGCAUGCGCAAAUGUCGCGACCGCCGGCGACAUGAUCGUGAAGAACCGCAUCAAGGUCCAACUAUUUGCCGCACCCGCCUUCUUCUCCGAGGUGUCCGUGGACGCGUACAACAACCAGUGCCUCUCGCUCGACAAUAACCUAAUCGAUGGACGAGUCCAGUCGAUCCUUGUCGGUGGCCAUGACGUUGCCGCGGUCCUGGUCAGAAAGGACUACUGGUAUUGCCAGUUCUUUGACAACUAUGACUGCAAAGGUGAUGACAGCGACCGCUAUCUCACGUUCGCCGAUGGCGUCAACAACUUGGCGAGCAUCGGCUGGGACUCCAAGAUCCACAGCCUGCGAUGCUGCAACCAAGAUCCAGGCCCAUGAGCAUAGUAGCACGACCAUCGCACGUGCUUCGCCAUGGCAACGACUGCCACGGCGUGAUUGCAUGGUGCGAGCGGGAGAGUGAGGCUGAAGGUGCAACAUAGUGCACACAUACCGCGACACAAGCGAGGCGUUACGGCGUUUUGAUAUAUAGUUCUGAGGCACGACCAGGCCGGUUGCAUGUCCCCACCUAGCGGGGAUUGGUGUUUUUGUUGUCGAGAAAUAUGACCGUUUGUAGCUGACAGGCGGCAGACGACGCUGGUGUUCGAAGUGCUCGACACCAGCGCAGUUCAGGUUCAUGCAUGCAGAUUCGUUUAGCCCGUACGUAGCAUUGAAGUCU